AUGGAGCGGAGGCCCGGCUCGGCGCGGGGCCCGGCGCCGCCGCUGCUGCUCCUGGGCUGCGCGCUGCUCAGCCUGCACCUCGGCGCCGGUUCACACGUGAAGGGAUUUACGUCGCUGCGGUUCCUGACGGAGCCCUCGGACGCCGUCACCAUGCGUGGGAGCAGUGUGCUCUUGAACUGCGCGGCGGAGUCGGAUCAGGGCGCUCCCGUGAUUAAAUGGAAGAAGGAUGCGGUCUUCUUAAACCUGGCAGUAGAUGAAAGGAGGCAGCAGUUGGCCAACGGCUCGCUCUUGAUACAGAAUAUAGUGCACUCGAGGCACCACAAGCCGGAUGAGGGUCUCUACCAGUGCGAAGCGUCCUUGGAAGGCGUCGGAGCGAUCAUCAGUCGGACAGCUAAGGUCAUGGUGGCAGGGCCGCUGAGGUUCCUGUCGCAGACAGAGUCCGUCACGGCGUUUGCGGGCGACACGGUUUUGCUGAAGUGCGAGGUGGUCGGCGAGCCCAUGCCCGUGGUGCACUGGCAGAGGAACCAGGAGGACCUGCUCCCGGGCCCGGCGGACACGCGCCUGGCCGUGCUGCCCUCCGGAGCRCUGCAGAUCAGCAGGAUCCAGCCGGGGGACAGUGGGAUCUACAGGUGCCUUGCAAAGAACCCAGCGAGCUCAAGGAUUGGCAACGACGCCGAAGUCCGAGUUUUGGCAGAUCCGGGUUUGCAGCGGCAGCAGUUCUUCCURCAGCGCCCGUCGAGCGUCGUGGCCGUGGCGGGCAGGGACGCCGUGCUGGAGUGCUGCGUCUCGGGCUCGCCCCAUCCCACCUUCACGUGGCUGCGCGGGGACCAAGUGCUGCCCCUCAGGUCCAGAAAGUACUCGCUACUGGCUGGCAGUAACUUACUCAUCUCUAACGUGACYGAUGACGAUUCUGGGACCUACACUUGCCUCGUCACCUACAAGAACGAGAACAGCAGUGGCUCUGCGGAGCUGUCGGUGAUGGUGCCACCGUGGUUUUUAAUUCGCCCUUCGAAUCUGUAUGCCUACGAGAGUAUGGAUAUUGAGUUCGAAUGUGCCGUAUCCGGAAAGCCGCCUCCCACGGUGGAAUGGAUCAAGAACGGCGAAGUGGUCAUUCCUAGCGACUAUUUUCAGAUYGUGGGUGGCAGCAACUUGCGGAUUCUGGGCUUGGUAAAGUCAGAUGAAGGUUUCUACCAGUGCGUAGCUGAAAAUGAUGCUGGAAACGCACAGACCAGUGCACAGCUAAUCAUCCCGGAGCCGGCUGUCCCGAGCUCCAGUGCCCUCCCCUCUGCCCCCCGAGAUGUCGUCCCUGUCUUGGUCUCCAGUCGCUUUGUCCGUCUCAGCUGGCGCCCGCCCGCCGACGCGAGAGGCACYGUCCAGACCUACACAGUCUACUUCUCCAGGGAAGGCGUCAACAGGGAGCGGGCGCUCAACACGUCCCAGCCCGGGGCACUCCAGCUGACCGUGGGCAACCUGAGGCCGGAGGAGACCUACACCUUCCGCGUGGUGGCCUGCAACGAGAUGGGGCCCGGAGAGAGCUCGCCGCCCAUCAAGGUCGCCACRCAGCCCGAGCUGCAAGUUCCGGGCCCGGUGGAAAACCUGCGGGCUGUGUCCACGUCACCUACCUCGAUCCUUGUCUCCUGGGACCCCCCUGCCUACGCAAACGGCCCCGUUCAGGGCUACCGGCUCUUCUGCACCGAGACUGCCACUGGAAAGGAGCAGACCGUGGAGGUGGACGGGCUCUCCUACAGGCUCGAAGGGCUGAAGAAGUUCACGGAAUACGCGCUGCGCUUCCUGGCCUACAACCGCUACGGCCCCGGCGUCUCCACCGAGGAGCUCGUGGUCACCACCMUUUCCGACGUGCCCAGCGCGCCGCCGCAGAACGUCUCCUUGGAAGUGGUUAACUCGCGGAGCAUCAAAGUCAGCUGGUUGCCUCCACCACCAGGUACACAAAAUGGAUUUAUUACAGGCUAUAAAAUCCGACAUAGAAAGACUACCCGCCGGGGCGAGAUUGAAACACUGGAGCCGAACAACCUCUGGUACUUGUUCACAGGGCUUGACAAAGGAAGCCAGUACAGCUUCCAGGUCGCUGCCAUGACCGUGAACGGGACCGGCCCCCCCUCGGACUGGUACACGGCAGAGACGCCGGAGAACGACCUCGAUGAAUCCCAGGUCCCUGAUCAGCCCAGCUCUCUCCAUGUCAGGCCGUUGACUACCAGCAUCGUGAUGAGUUGGACUCCCCCGCUGAACCCCAACAUCGUGGUGCGCGGCUACAUCAUCGGCUACGGCGUAGGCAGCCCCUACGCUGAGACCGUGCGGGUGGACAGCAAGCAGCGCUACUAUUCCAUUGAAAAUUUGGAGCCGAGCUCCCACUACGUGAUUUCCUUAAAGGCCUUCAACAACGCGGGCGAGGGCGUCCCCCUGUACGAAAGUGCCACCACGCGCUCCAUGACAGAUCCCAUUGAUCCAUUAGAAGUUGAUUUUUAUCCUUUGCUUGAUGAUUUCCCUACCUCAGUCCCAGAUAUCUCCACCCCCAUGCUCCCACCAGUAGGUGUCCAGGCUGUUGCACUUACCCAUGACGCGGUGAGGGUCAUCUGGGCAGACAACUCUGUCCCCAAGAACCAGAAGACUACCGAGGUUCGCUUUUACACCGUCCGGUGGAGAACCAGCUAUUCCACGAGUGCGAAAUACAAGUCAGCGGAUACGACAGCUUUGAGUCACACGGUGAUAGGCCUGAAGCCAAACACCAUGUACGAGUUCUCCGUCAUGGUCACCAAAGGUCGGCGGUCCAGCACGUGGAGCAUGACGGCACACGCCACAACCUAUGAAGCAGCCCCAACGUCUGCGCCCAAGGAUCUGACAGUCAUUACACGGGAGGGGAAGCCCCGAGCAGUCAUUGUCAGCUGGCAGCCGCCCUUAGAAGCCAAUGGAAAAAUUACUGCUUACAUCCUCUUCUAUACUUUGGACAAGAACGCUCCCAUUGAUGACUGGAUUAUGGAGUCCAUCAGCGGGGACCGACUUACCCACCAAAUCAUGGACCUCAACCUAGACACCGUCUACUACUUCCGAAUCCAGGCUCGCAAUGCCAAAGGAGUGGGGCCUCUCUCGGAGCCGAUUUUCUUCCGGACGCUGAAAGUCGAGCACCCUGACAAAAUGGCCAAUGACCAAGGGCGUCACGGAGAUGGCUCCUACUGGCCCGUGGACACCAACCUGCUCGACAGAAGCAGCCUGAACGAGCCUCCCAUCGGGCAGAUGCACCCUCCGCACGGCAGCGUCACGCCGCAGAAGAACAGCAACCUGCUCGUCAUCAUCGUCGUCACCGUCGGGGUCAUCACGGUGGUGGUCGUGGCGGUGGUCGCGGUCAUCUGCACGCGGCGCUCCUCGGCGCAGCAGAGGAAGAAACGAGCCACCCACAGCGCUGGCAAGAGGAAGGGCAGCCAGAAGGACCUGAGGCCUCCAGAUCUCUGGAUACACCACGAAGAGAUGGAGAUGAAGAACAUGGAAAAGCCGGCGGGCUCCGACGCGCCGGGGAGGGAGUCCCCCAUGCAGGGCUGCCAGGACAUCGCCCCCGUCACGCACAGCCAGUCCGAGACACAGCUGGGCACCAAGACUGCCCCGCAGCCAGCUCCUGAGACAGAAGAGGUUGGAAGCAGCAUGUCCACACUGGAGCGUUCACUUGCUGCCCGCAGGGCCACCCGGGCCAAGCUCAUGAUUCCCAUGGAUUCGCAGCCAAACAACCCCCCUGUGGUCAGUGCCAUUCCAGUGCCAACACUAGAAAGUGCCCAGUACCCCGGGAUCCUGCCGUCUCCCACCUGCGGAUACCCACAUCCCCAGUUCACCCUUCGGCCUGUGCCCUUCCCAACGCUCUCCGUCGACAGGACCUUUGGAACGGGAAGAACCGUGAGCGAAGCGCCCCCGUCGCAGCAGCCGUCGCUGCUGCCGCCGGCGCAGCCCGAGCACGCGAGCGGCGAGGACGCCCCGAGCAGGACGAUCCCCACGGCGUGCGUGCGCCCCACGCACCCGCUGCGCAGCUUCGCCAACCCCUUGCUACCUCCGCCCAUGAGUGCAAUAGAGCCGAAAGUCCCUUACACGCCGCUCCUGGCCCAAACAGGGCCCAGCCUCCCCAAGGCUCAGGUGAAAACAGCGUCGCUCGGCCUGGCCGGGAAGGCCAGGUCGCCCCUGCUGCCCGUGUCCGUGCCCACGGCCCCGGAGGUCUCCGAGGAGGGACACAAGGCGACCGAGGACACCGCUAACGUUUAUGAACAGGAUGAUCUGAGUGAACAGAUGGCCAGUUUGGAGGGGCUAAUGAAGCAACUUAAUGCUAUCACAGGCUCAGCCUUCUAACAGCUAGUGAGGAACAGAUUAUUAUCCAGGAGCAUUGCAGCAUACCAGUAUUUCAUGCAUCUCCCACCUGUCCUCGACCCCAUGAAAUCAUCGUCUUCUCGACACCAUUCCUUCAGUGCAAGGAGGAUCCCUGAAAGUCGUGAAAAGAAUAAUGGAAAGAAAGAAAAAGAAAAGAAGAAGAAUGUUACCUAACUAGCUCUGGCAUCUGAAGUGAUGGAAACGUGGCCUUUGCCAACGCUACUGACAUCCUCAUGGCAGAGUAGUAGCCAAUGCUACUGGAUUGCUCAUGUUGAUCUCCUAGUCUUCGUAGAGCUCAAGUUGUCAUGACUAACUCACUUGUUUUACGUAGUAGAGGUUCGUAGCUCUUUGUGUAGGUCUAGUCKUACCUCAUGCAGGUACGUUCUUAAGCAUAGACCAUGCCAUCAUGAGACGGUGUUGUAGUUCACUCUUUUUGUUUCUCUGUGUGUUAUUGCUGAAUGCAAAAAGCUCCUAUAGCAAAUAGCCAUACCACCACACAAAAAUCCAGAGUUUCUCCCAACAGCACAAAGCAGAAAGGCCAGUUACUCAUUGCUCUUCUCAUUUCAGCCACUUUUCUUGCCCAAGUGGUGGGUAUGAGCAAGUUGCUGUAAAACUCAGCCAUUUGAGCCAGCAUUUGUGAAUCCUCCCUCAGUUAGUGGUUUAUGUAUGGCAAAGAGAGCACCAGGAACCUGACAGAAAUCUGCGCUGGUGGCACGGUGCCAGCCAGCCGCCCSGUGCUUACACAAAGCAGGCAGAACCCGCAGUCUUCUCUGACACCCRGUAAUUAUGUGCUUAAGCUUGGGAUAAAACAUUUCUGCAUCGGAAAGCUCUGCUAGGGCCGCCUGGCCCAGCGGCGAAGAGAAAAGGCACCUUUGGGUGAAGGCACCCGAGGUUUCCCCAGUCCUUUCCUGCCACCUCCGGCAGGAGGGAUCAGCUCCGCAGACUCGGCCACCGCUUCUCUUGGUGGCACCUGCUGAGACCUGGUGGUCUCUUCUCUUGGUGGCACCUGCUGAAACGAGGUGACCCGACAUCCAUGUGGAGAAGGUCGUGGUGGUAAAUGCAGAGUGCUUCCAUGGGUGGAAAAGCACCAAAAAGAUGAACCACAGAGGCCUGGUAAAAAAACCCACUGAAUUAGAGGAACUUUUUGCCCGGGUGGUAUUUCUGGUUGCUCUAAGUAGCCAGGGAGGAGAAGCAAGAGAGCAGCAGCUUCUGCGUGAAGCUCUUCAGUGCUCCCUCCUCCCUCUUGUCCCAGUCCUUUAGCUGCAUAUCACAGUGUUUAGUGACAACUAUAACUGGUUGAAUUGACUAAAUUUUGUGUGCAUACAUUUUAUUGCUAAAUUUUCRGCUGCAUUCAGAGUUAAUCCCUGUUUAUGCAGCUGAAUCACCAAAAGGGAGCUAAUCUGCAUAUUUAUCUGUUAGGAGGCUGCAAAACCCAAUAAGAGAGUUUCAGAUGAAUUAUUCCAUUCAGCUCUGCCUUUGAUUUCAAGCUUGAGUGGGUCAUAAUUUUAAAAGAGCAUGGAAAGGAUAGGAUCUUUACAACCUAAUAGCUCCUUUUAUUAGGUGGGUAAUUAUAUGUGAAUCUCCGAAUAAAAUAUUUUGAGUAAAAUGGCACAGCAACAGAAGUAAUAAUUCAAAUUAUUUUCUGCGGCCCUGUGCUGGAAAGGAAAUCGGGUGUCAAGGAGGAAUUCAAAUGCUUCAUUAGGAACUCCAGUGCGUUCGCAAAAACRCUCCUUAAAAACGCCUUGUUAUUCAAUUUACCAAGACUUUAAUGAAAUAUUUCUUGAGAGGGAGGAAACCUGGUUUGUAUGGGAGACCGAGCUUUCUAGCUCUGAGAGAUUUGUAGC